AUGCCUAGGCAACUGCCAAUUGACAUGCUCAAUGACUCGUCGCAGGAGACUGUGUAUAUCAGGAAGAAUCGAUCUGUAUUUAAGAAGUUGGCGAGGACAACGCAUUUUAAUUUAAAGGAAGUUGAAGGAUUAGCGGUAAUGCACAAAAAAAUCCGAGAAAAAAUGGGUCCAGUGACGAUUUCAGUCUUCCGAGACAUAAUGCAUUCGGGAUUGGACUACACCGAGAACAUCCGACAUUUAUUGAUAGACAGAGUCUUCUCAGUCAUUGACACCCGCACAGCCCUGCAGUUACCCGUGGACCAAUGGAUCGAGGGCCUGUCCAUAAUCCUCCGGGGCACCAUGAGCGAACGCAUCAAAUUUGCGUACACAGUGUACGAUCAGAUGAGAACGAACAAGAUAAAGAAAGAGCAGAUAUUCCCGAUGAUGAGGGGAUGCCUGAUCAAACUGGAGGGGGAAGAGGAUCCGGACGAGGCAGUCAGGGAUCUGAUAGAGAUGAUGCUCAAGACAAUCGACGUCGAUCGUGAUGGGAAAGUCGAUGAGGACGAGUUCAAGAUUGUUGUCAAGAGGAAUCCACUGUUGCUGGAGUGCAUGGGGCCGGUGUUUCCUUGCAGGGAAGCCCAGUAUGCCUUUUUAACGACGUUUACCGAUCGAUUGGGGGAUUUAUGA